AAUUUAAGUGGCGGAUGAUGAGGAAAGCAGGUGGAAUCGCGGUUCAGUGAGAGAGAACGGAGCCAGUUGCUGCCUCCUGAUUAAUUUGUUCCACCUUAUUACACACUCCCCACCUUCCAUUAACCUGUGCCAACUUAUUCCCACGUCUUCUCUCUUCCUGCUCCACUCCUAUAGACGCCUUCGAAUCGCCCUUCUCUUCUUCUUCACUCGCGGCUAGUGCUGGCGUCCGCUCCCUGUCGCAGGAGAAUAAGAAACGGAUCGAUCGCUUCGAUCGCUACUUGAAGAAAAGGUCAAAAAGAACAUGAAACGAGAACGUCAAGAGACCGUCGAGGCGGCGGAGACGGAGGACGAGAAGGGGAAGGCGAGGAUGGACGCCGACGAUGGUGGUGUUGAUGAGCUGCUGGCGGCGCUGGGGUACAAGAUACGGUCGACGGAGAUGGCCGACGUCGCGCAGAAGCUGGAGCAGCUGGAGAUGGCCAUGGGAAGCAGCGUCGCAGCCAACGACGAUGCCCUCCUCUCCCACCUCGCCUCCGACGCCGUCCACUAUAACCCCUCCGACGUAUCCACCUGGGUCGAUACCAUCCUCUCCGAGUUCAAUGCCCCUUCUCUCCCUCUCCCCCCGCCUCCGCUGUCCCCCGCUCCCCUCCAACACUUCAAUCUUCCCCCUGACGGAACAGAGCAAAAUUCCACCAUCACCACCGUGGACGUCCCCUCCGGCCCCCGCUGCCCGGCCGACGCCUACCACCUCGAGCCACUUCACGCUCCCGCUGUCGCAGGCCGUAUCGUGUAUGGGUCCGACACCCAGUACGAGGUCUCCCCGUCCUCGAGAGAUCGGAAGAGGAUGAAGCUCUGCAGCUCUCCUCCCUCGUCGUCGUCGACAACGGAUGCGGCGACAUCACCGGCGGUGCUGCCGGUGGUGGUGGUUGACACGCAGGAGUCCGGGAUCCGCCUCGUCCAUGCCUUGAUGGCGUGCGCAGAGGCGGUGCAGCAGGACAACCUGAAGGCAGCCGACGCCCUGGUGAAGCAGAUCACGGUGCUGGCUACGUCGCAGGGAGGCGCGAUGCGCAAGGUCGCAGGAUACUUCGCCGAGGCCCUCGCACGCCGCAUCUACCGGCCGCAGCCCGCCCGGAACUUGAGCCGAUCUACCCUCGACUUCCCGGCCUUCGACGACAUGCUCCACCAACACUUCUACGAGAGUUGCCCCAACCUCAAGUUCGCCCACUUCACCGCCAACCAGGCGAUCCUCGAGGCGUUCGCCGGAUGCCGCCGCGUCCACGUAGUCGACUUCGGGAUGCGGGAGGGACUGCAGUGGCCGGCCCUCCUCCAGGCCCUCGCCCUCCGCCCCGGCGGCCCGCCCUCGUUCCGCCUCACCGGCAUAGGACCGCCCCAACCCGACCACUCGGACGCCUUGCAGGAGGUGGGAUGGAAGCUCGCCCAGUUCGCCGAUACCAUCCGCGUCGACUUCCGCUACCGCGGCUUCGUGGCCGCCAGCCUCGCGGACCUGGAGCCCUACAUGCUGCUCGGCCCGGUCGCCAGCGACAGAGAUGGCGAGGAGGAGCCGGAGGCGGUGGCAGUGAACUCGGUGUUUGAGUUGCACCGGCUGCUGGCGCGUCAAGGGGCACUCGAGAAGGUGCUGGGGACGAUCCGGGCGAUGCGGCCGCGGAUCGUGACUGUGGUGGAGCAGGAGGCGAACCACAACGGAGAGACGUUCCUAGAGCGCUUCACGGAGGCGCUGCACUACUACUCGACCAUGUUCGACUCGCUGGAGGGCGGGGUCUCGGCGGCGCCGGACGCGGCCGGUGGCGGCGGGCGGCGGGACCAGGCGAUGUCGGAGGUGUACCUGGGUCGGCAGAUCUGCAACGUGGUGGCCUGCGAGGGGGCGGAUCGGACGGAGAGGCACGAGGCGCUGGCCCAGUGGCGGGUACGGAUGGGCCGCGCCGGCUUCGAGCCCGUCCCGAUCGGCUCCAACGCCUUCAAGCAGGCGAGUAUGCUUCUCGCCCUCUUCGCCGGUGGCGACGGCUACCGGGUUGAGGAGAAGGACGGCUCCCUCACCCUCGGCUGGCACACUCGCCCCCUCAUCACCACCUCCGCCUGGCGCAUCGCCUCCGCCGCCUGCUGAUGACCCUCAACCGCCGACUCUAUCACAGAAGAUGCAGCUCAGCCGUCCGAUGACGUCUACUCUCUCUGCUGGCAUCGCCAACGCAUCUCUUUUCGGAGGGGCCCAUCCCUGUGCGGUACAAUAGACCGCAGUUACUAGCUUGGCCAUAGCUCGAGGGUCGCAGCGCGGGCCCGUUCUUUAAUUUUGUUUCCUGUUUAACUCUUGUGUACAUCUAUCAUGCCUACCUAUGAACCAUCAACUCUUCUAGUCUGGUAUAAUAGUGUAGACGACCAGUUCCUUAUAGUA